CUUGGAUCAGCCUUUUCCAGCUUGAAGUGGCCCGAGUCGUAGCCGCGCAGCUUGCGAUUGCUAUCCAUUAUAUCCAUUCACGGGGCUUCGUCCAUGGAGAUCUUCAUCGCGGAAACAUCCUACUCCAACUGCCCCGUGACUUUGAUCAGUUAUCCACAAAAAAGCUAUACGAGCAGUAUGGGGAGCCGGUCCUUGAACCAGUCAAUCGUCUAGACGGCCAAACGCUCCCACCAGGCGUCGAACACUGGAGGAUCGCUUUGAAUCGAACGUGCAGCGACCACGGAUAAAAGAGGGAAUGUCACCCUUUGGCUCAAGCGAACGAGAUUCACUUUACUCGAUGUUGCGCUCGAUGCUUUCAUUUCGGCUGGAGGGUCGACCGUCUGCUCAACCGGUUCUGGAGUCUGAGUGGAUGGCCAAAUGGGCUCUACCUGAGUACGAGAAGUUACGCAGCACUCACAACAAGAGAAAAGCUCUUUUGCGGCUAUCAUACGCGUUACACUUCCGUCUAUGUAUGCCAUGGCCGAAGUCAGGUCUCGCUUCGACUCGAAUGUGGCAGAAAAAUAUGCACAUGCAAACACCGCAAACAGAACAGAAGUCCGCAUUUCUCCAGGUUCUGGAAGAAAUUCUUUUUGGAAGAAGUAUCCGCCAAGUCGUUUUGUUUUGACCCAUGCCACCACGGCUAUGGCCGUCCAGUUC